GCGCCCUGCCGCCGCGAUCAUCCGGAGGGAAGGGAGCCGGUCGCACGGCACCGUGCUGGGCAGGGUCGCAGCCGCCAUGGAUAGCGACGACGAGGUGGUGGAGGAGGCCGUGGAAGGCCACCUGGAUGACGAUGGGUUACCACACGGGUUCUGCACCGUCACUUACUCCUCCACAGACAGGUUUGAGGGCAACUUCGUGCAUGGAGAAAAGAAUGGACGCGGAAAGUUCUUCUUCUUUGACGGCAGCACCCUGGAAGGAUACUACGUGGAUGACGCCCUGCAGGGCCAGGGUGUUUACACCUAUGAGGAUGGAGGUGUCCUCCAGGGCACCUACGUGGAUGGCGAGCUGAAUGGACCGGCCCAGGAGUAUGACACUGACGGAAGGCUCAUCUUCAAGGGGCAGUACAAAGACAACAUUCGACAUGGAGUGUGUUGGAUCCAUUACCCAGAUGGAGGCAGCCUCGUCGGAGAAGUUAACGAGGAUGGGGAGAUGACCGGAGAAAAGAUAGCCUAUGUCUACCCUGAUCAGAGAACGGCGCUCUAUGGGAAGUUCAUUGAUGGAGAGAUGAUUGAGGGGAAACUGGCCACCCUCAUGGCCACCGAAGAAGGGAGGCCACACUUUGAACUGACGUCCGGAAGUCCCAUGUACCACUUUGACAAAUCGACUUCCUCCUGCAUCUCUAGCGACGCCCUCCUUCCAGACCCUUAUGAGUCUGAGAGGGUUUAUGUUGCUGACUCUCUCAUCUCCAGCGCUGGAGAAGGACUAUUUUCCAAGGUAGCAGUGGGACCCAAUACUGUUAUGUCUUUUUAUAAUGGAGUCCGAAUUACACACCAAGAGGUUGACAGCAGGGAUUGGGCCCUAAAUGGGAACACUCUGUCCCUUGAUGAGGAGACGGUCAUUGAUGUGCCUGAGCCCUAUAACCACGUAUCCAAGUACUGUGCCUCCUUGGGACACAAAGCAAAUCACUCCUUCGCUCCAAACUGCAUCUAUGACAUGUUUGUCCACCCCCGGUUUGGGCCCAUCAAGUGUAUCCGCACCCUUCGAGCUGUGGAGGCGGAGGAAGAGCUGACCGUCGCCUAUGGCUAUGACCACAGCCCCCCAGGGAAGAGCGGGCCAGAAGCCCCUGAGUGGUACCAGGUGGAGUUGAAGGCUUUCCAGGCCACCCAGCAAAAGUGAAAAGCCUGGCCCUGGGGUCCAGAGAGCUGGAAUAGAACCUUGGAUCUAUGCACUACAUUUACCUGACGACGGGACAACCAGGGACUGUUCAUGCUGUGACUUCACAUCCUCUCACCCUGCGUUAGCAAUGACUUUUCUCGCAUUCUAACUAGGUCUGACUGUAUUACUCAUACCAGAUUUAAAAUUAGCUAGCCUUUGCAGCAACGCCCUACUGAGAGGUACUGUCCUAACUGUAGACAGCAUGAUGCUCUUUGAUGGUUAAAGUCCAAAUCUGGACCAUGUUCAGAGAUACCAAAUGAUUAGGCUGAAAAAGGGAAACGGGGUUCUUCAGUCAUUUUUUUUUUUUUUCCCGGUGGUUUGUUUGUUUGUUUUUUUCUCAUGAUGUUUUCCUAUGGCCGGUGCAAAUGGGUGUUCAGUCACCCUUGCAUGUUGCCAUCUGCAGGGCAGAAAGCAAUUACAUCUUUAUAUAAAUGUAGGGUCAUUUGCCUCUUAACCUUUGAUCUGUAUCUUGCAAUAGAAUGGCUUUGGUUUUUUGU